AUGGUGGUGAAUGGGCAGGACUAUGACCCAUAUCCAGCAUCAGAUGAUGAGGAUCUAUCCAGUGACACUACCUCGUUGCACUCUGAAGUUCUGAAGUAUCGCUUUGAAAAUGGUCGAAGAUACCAUGCAUUCAAAGAUGGAGCAUAUUGGGGACCGAAUGACGAUAAACAGAACGAGCAGCUUGAUAUUGCGUGUGUAAAGAUCUUCUUCCUCAAGACUGGUCGAGUGGAAGUUGACUUCGAGUUUAGCCAUCACAUGUUUCUUUUGCUGCUAGGAGGUAAACUUCUUCUUGCUCCCAUCGAUGAAAGUGUCAAGAGAGUCCUUGACAUUGGGACUGGUACAGGGUUGUGGGCAAUGCAAUCAAGGGAUUUUGCCGAUGAACACCGUUCUGCAGAGAUCAUCGGCACCGAUUUAUCACCUAUACAACCGAGUUUCAUUCCACCAAAUCUGCGGUUUGAAAUCGACGAUGCCACGGAUACAUGGACAUACCCAAAUAACCAUUUUGAUCUGGUUCAUAUUCGAGCGCUCUAUGGAAGCAUUGCGGACUGGCCUGAGUUUUAUAGAAAAAUACUUUUACAUCUGGCACCGGGGGGCUGGUUAGAUCAGCUUGAAAUGUCCAUACAAUUCCAGUCCGACGAUGGAAGCAUAACAGAUAGCCAUAUUCUAUCAGAGUGGUCCAGAAUAUUCAUCAGACUCGGGGAGAAGAUCGGAAAAACACUUCGGAUCGCAGAAAUGGCUAAGGAAUGCAUGGAAGAUGCUGGGUUUACAAACGUCACCGAGGUCAAGUUCAAACUCCCUGUUGGGGCAUGGAGCAGUGAUAAGCGCAUGAAAGAGCUUGGCCAGUGGAAUCUGCUUCACUGUGAACAAGGAAUUGAGGGAUGGGCAUUGGCCCUUUUGACAAGAGUUUUGCAGUGGUCGGCGGACGAAGUUCGGGCGCUGCUGGCGAAGAUGAGAGUCGGGCUUCGCGACCCCAGCGUGCAUGCGUACUUCAAUGUUGUUAGUGUAUAUGGUCAAAAGCCGUGCAGGUGA